AUGGCACUGUCUGCCGCCGGCAACGUGGCCUUCCCGGAGCUGCAGAUGGCGGCCUUGACGGAGGAGAGGAGGGAGGACGCCAUGGAGGAGGAGCCGUCGGCCGCCUUCCAGCAGCUGGUGGGCACGGGGUGGGCCUGGUCCUGCACUGCUCCGGAGAUGGCCGCCGGCGUGGAUGUUGAGGACCAAUGCCUUCUUUUUUUCCAACAGCAUCUAGCACCACAGUAUAAACACCUUAUUACUAUUAGAGCAGGAAAGCCAAAGGGGGGUACUACGUCUGAUGCCUUGAAGUGUGACCCAAACAAAGUUAGGCGGCUCAGUUUGAGCGAGCAACAGCUUGCCAAAGCUGUAGUUAAUCAUGGCACUGAAAUAGUGAGGUUUACACAGAGGAAUCUACUGAGGAUAUACCCAAAGGGCACUCGGGUUACUUCUUCCAACUACAAUCCAUUUAUUGGUUGGGUGCAUGGUGCUCAGAUGGUAGCCUUCAAUAUGCAGGGAUAUGGAAGAGCCCUUUGGUUAAUGCAUGGAUUUUAUAAAGCCAAUGGUGGCUGUGGCUACGUGAAGAAACCGGAUUUCUUGAUGCAGUCUGAGCCGGAAGUUUUUGAUCCAAAAAAGCCUCAACCUGUUAAGAAGACCUUGAAGGUAAAAGUGUACAUGGGUGAUGGUUGGCGGAUGGACUUCAAGCAGACACACUUUAAAUGUUUCACCUGGAUCCCGUCAAUAGCGUCGCUGCGGCCUAGUGGAUAGCGCGCGCAGCCGCAGACCUGGAGGUCGCGGGU